GCUUGCAUAGCAUAGGACUAAGGAGAACACAAACACAGAGACAAACCCCAUCUCUGAGAUUGAUGUGUGUGUCUCUCUCUCGGAGCAUACCUUUCUUUGUUAAGCUAACUUGUUCUAUAUAUCUUUUUUUCGGUUAAAGGGUUGGCAUUACUCUCUUCAUUUUUCUUACAACCUGAUCAAUCUAGGGUUCAAGUAAUUUUUUUUUUCAUUUUUCAUUUUGUGGGGUUUUGAUUUUCUUCUUCAUGUGAUCUACCUUCCCUCUUUUCUCAUUUUAAAUUUCUGGGAUUUUUCAGAUUUCCUGUUUUGAAGCUUAUUGAGUGAUAAAGUUGUGAUUUUUAGGUUUUAUUUGUGAAUUAUUCAUCUGGGUUUGUUCUUAUUUUGGUUUUAAGGCAUUGUAGGGUGUAUGGGAUUUUUGGGGUUGUUUUUUAGUUUUGAUGAUUUAUGGGUUUGAUUAUUUAGGGCUUAAUUGAAAUGGGGUUAGGUGGUGAGAAUGAGAAUGGUAAGGUGACAGAGUCUUUGGAUGUGUGUAAAUCAAAAGGGAGAAAGAAGAAGAAGAAACAAGAUGGGGUAGUUCAAAAUGAAGAAGAAACUGGUUGUUGGCUUAGUUUCAGGUUCAUUGGUAGCUGCAUUUCUUCAAGAUCCAAGGUUGAUAGCUCUGUUAGUGGCACCAGUACUAAUUAUGCUGAAAGUAAAUCAACUAUUGAUACAAGUAGAGACCAACCAAUGCUUCCGGUAGUCUCUUCGACAACCACUAGUAAUGCUGAAAGCAAUUCAUCCACUUCAAAACUCGAAGAGGAGCUUAAAGUUGCUUCCAGGCUGCGAAAGUUCUGUUUCAAUGAUCUUAAGUUGGCAACAAGAAAUUUUCGGCCCGAGAGUCUUCUCGGUGAAGGUGGGUUUGGUUGUGUGUUCAAAGGAUGGAUUGAAGAAAAUGGAACUGCUCCGGUGAAACCUGGCACAGGACUUACCGUUGCUGUGAAAACCCUUAACCACGAUGGGCUCCAGGGUCAUAAAGAAUGGCUGGCUGAAGUAAAUUAUCUCGGUGAUUUAGUUCAUCCACACCUCGUCAAACUUAUAGGCUAUUGUAUCGAAGAUGAUCAAAGGUUGCUUGUAUAUGAAUUUAUGCCUCGUGGAAGCCUGGAAAACCACUUGUUUAGGAGAUCGUUGCCUCUCCCGUGGUCCAUUAGAAUGAAAAUUGCACUAGGAGCUGCAAAGGGACUUGCUUUUCUUCACGAGGAAGCCGAACGGCCAGUAAUAUAUAGGGAUUUCAAAACUUCCAAUAUACUAUUGGAUGCAGAUUACAAUGCCAAGCUCUCAGACUUUGGACUUGCAAAAGACGGUCCAGAAGGUGAUAAAACCCAUGUGUCUACUCGAGUGAUGGGAACUUAUGGUUAUGCUGCACCGGAAUAUGUCAUGACAGGGCAUCUUACAUCAAGAAGUGAUGUGUAUAGUUUUGGAGUGGUACUACUUGAGAUGAUAACCGGUCGAAGAUCUAUGGACAAAAACCGGCCGAACGGUGAACAUAACCUUGUGGAAUGGGCUAGACCGCAUCUAGGAGAGAGAAGAAGGUUCUACAGGUUGAUAGACCCUCGCUUGGAAGGUCACUUCUCGAUAAAAGGAGCUCAGAAAGCUACCCAUUUGGCUGCUCACUGCCUUAGCCGAGAUCCUAAAGCAAGACCACUAAUGAGUGAAGUUGUAGAAGCCUUGAAGCCUCUACCAAACCUUAAAGACAUGGCUAGUUCAUCGUACUAUUUCCAGACAAUGCAAGCCGACCGUUUUAGUGCAAGUCCGAAUACUCGAAACGGGAGAACACAAGGAGCAUUGCUAGCUCGAAAUGGACAACAAAGGAGCCUUUCCAUAUCACAUGGUACUCAUGCUUCUCCAUUUCACCAUCAGUAUCCUCAACAUUCACCAAAACCAAGUGGAAAGGCACAAAGUUGAUGUUGAUGAAAUUUCUUCAUAUUUUCUUUGUCAUCAUUUCUUAAUUUCUCAGUAUAGAUGUAACUUCUUGUGAAGCCAUUUGUUCAUGGACAACUUGAGAGGGAAAAAGAAGCAUGUUGCUUGCUUUAUAAUUAUGAUGUAUGUUAAUGCUUCGAAAUGAAUCCCCUAUUGCACAAUACAACAGAUGCGGAGACCAGUAGAUUUGGUAAGAAAACUUCUAUCUCCAAAUCAAACUUUCUUCACAACUGUUGUUGCACUGAGCAGCUGCUAUAGGGGAUCCAAAUCCGUAAUUAUUGUUGACCCUUUUGAAUUUAAGGGCAUGUGAAGCUUAUUGAGCAAACUAUGUCUAUUGCAAAAUUGUCAACCAAUAUGUUUCUUUCAGGUUGUUUUGAAAUAUUCAAGAUUGUUAAUUCCUCAAGUUUAAUUUUAUUUUAUUUCAUUUGGGCUUUGAAA